AUGAACCCUAAGGUGGUUCCUAUCACAUCCAGGAGUCGUGGAGACAGCAGUAAAAGUUUUGGUGAACAAGAUGAUAUUUUGAUUGCAAAACUUCGAAAAGGACAAUCGUUGAAAUUUAAAGCAUUUGCAAAGAAGGGGUUUGGAAAAGAACACGCAAAGUGGCAAUGUGUGAGUGCAGUUGCAUUCGAAUAUGAUCCUGACAAUGCGUUACGGCACACAACAUAUCCAAAACCAGAGGAAUGGCCUAAAAGUGAAUACUCAGAACUUGCAGAUGAUGAAGACAAAUACCAGGCGGAUUUUGACCCGCAUGGAAAACCAAACAAAUUUUUCUUCAAUGUUGAAUCCACCGGUGCACUGAGACCGGAAAAUAUUGUACUAAAUGGACUUGCAGUGUUAAAGAAAAAACUUAGUGACCUGCAGACCCAGCAUAGCCAAGAGCUUCAACAAGAUGGCCUGACCAUUAACUAGCUGCUAUGGAUUGAAUAUUUUUGUACAAAUUCAUGAAAUAUUUGAUGUGAACUUUUAUACUGCCGAAAUACAUCUUAAAAAAAUAAGUUUUUAAGCUA